GAGGUCGGUGAGGCGGAACGAAGAUCGCCAAAGAAUUGCCUCCCUCGUCGCAAUGCUCCAUCCGAAGCUUCACCCUAGUUUCCUCGUUGCCAUUGUGGCCUGAAUUUGGUCUUCUGUGGCUUGAUUGUGACGUGGUUCAGCUCGAUCAUUUGCGGGAGCACACGACGUUGGCAGCGUGAGAGUGCGUGUUUGUGGCCGAGGAUUUGCGAACAUGGGGAAGAACGAGUUUCUGACGCCGAAGGCAAUCGCCAACAGGAUCAAGGCCAAGGGGUUGCAGAAGCUCAAGUGGUACUGCCAGAUGUGCCAGAAGCAGUGCCGCGACGAGAAUGGGUUUAAGUGCCACUGCUUGUCGGAGGGCCACCAGCGGCAGAUGCAAGUGUUCGGGGAUAACCCUGAUCGGUUUAUAGACGGGUUCUCGGAGGAGUUUGAGGAACAGUUCAUGGAGCAUUUGAAGCGCUCGCACCGGACGACCCGCGUCGCUGCCACUGUUGUUUGGAAUGAGUACAUUGCGAAUCGGCAUCAUAUUCACAUGAAUUCGACCAAGUGGGCGACUCUGACAGAAUUUGUGAAGUAUUUGGGGCGGGAAGGCAAGUGCAAGGUGGACGAAACUCCGAAGGGUUGGUUCAUAACUUUUAUAGAUCGAGAGCCGGAGACUUUGCUAAGGGAAGGUUUGAAAAAUAAGAGAGAGAGGGCAGAGCUCGCUGACGAAGAGCGCCACGAUAGAGCUCUCGCUGAGCAGAUUGAGAGAGCAUCUAAGAAUUUCAAACCCGAGCAGGUGCAACCCGAGCAGGAAAAAAGGGAAUUGCAGAAGCAGGACGGAGAAAAAAUAGGGUUCGCACUUGGCUCUUCAGGACCGAAAAUAAAACCUCGUGGUGAAGGCUUACCACCUUUGCACAACGACGGAAGUACUGUGCGCCCUCAAAAAACCUCGGUUUUCGCAGAAGACGAGGAAAACGAUGAUGCAAUUAAUCCCGCCAAGAAGGCGAAGAAAGUGUUAAUUGGGAAGGAAAGUAAAGGCGACGUGCUUGCGCAAAUCAUGCGGGAGUCCGAACAGGGGAAGGAGAGGGUGAACAGGAAGGACUAUUGGUUGUGUAAGGACUUGGUCGUGAAGGUGAUGAGCCGCAAUUUGGCGGAUUACUACAAGCAGAAAGGAGUUGUGCAACGAGUCAUCGGCAAGUACGUUGGCGAGAUUGAGAUGCUAGACAGCAAGCAUGUUCUGAAAGUUGAUCAAGAGGAGCUAGAAACCGUGAUUCCGCAAAUAGGAGGCGUGGUGAGGAUUGUGAACGGAGCUUACCGAGGUUCCAAUGCGAGGUUAUUAUCCAUCGACACAUCGAAGUUUGCGGCUAGCGUUAGAAUAGAAAAUGGCGCCUUCGACGGGAGGAUUAUUACUGCUGAUUACGAGGAUAUUUGCAAAAUAGUCUCGUAGUUUGAUAGGUUUAUCUGUAUAUUACUUUGCUGUCUACGCUAGUUGGCCGAAGAUCUGUGUGUUCACCGAGAAUAUUGAUUGGUUUGCAACUUGGAGAUAACUCAAAUUGUAGGGUUGGUGCAAAAUGUAUAUAUGGUAGUUUGAAAUGAUCUAAGAUUACAUUCACUUUAGUUUUACCGUCGA